UUCUGUGUAGAUUGCGCUCGUGCCGACUCUUCCACAAUACGUGGAAAGCGUGAGUUUCUCCACUCCGGUCCAACAUGUCAAAUUUUUCUUGAAUUUCUGACGAAUAUUUACGAAGAAGGUAAAGAUUUAAGCGCAGACAAAUUCUGUUCAUCUAAUAGUUCACCCAGGAAAGUAUUGACUGGGAAAUUAUAGAUUUUUUCUUGGUGCUUAACGUAGUAAACGAACGACACGAUGAGCGCACCCCAGGGGCAAGUGAAACCAAGAAACGGAGUAGUAAAACAGGUUACUUCUGGAGAUACCAUUGUUAUCCGUGGUCAGCCUAUGGGUGGCCCGCCUCCUGAAAUGACAAUUACCCUUUGUAAUGUUACUGCUCCAAAACUGGAGAGAUGGAAAGGAAAUGACAGCACUGACGAAAGUAGGGAUGAACCAUAUGCCUGGGAAGCAAGAGAAUAUUUACGAAAAAAGCUUAUUGGUCAAGAUGUAGCUUUUGUUACAGAGAAAUCAAUUAAUACAAAUCGAACUUAUGGUACUGUGUGGCUAGGAAAAGAUAGAAAUGGAGAAAAUAUCAUUGAAACAUUAGUUUCUGAGGGUUUGGUAACUGUAAAAAAAGACACUCGAAAUCCUAGCCCAGAACAGACACGACUGAUCGAGCUGGAAAACGGAGCUAAAACGGCUAAGAAAGGAAAAUGGUCAGAGUCUCCAAGUUCUGAGCAUGUGCGCAAUGUGAAAUGGACAAUAGAUGAUCCUCGAAAAUUAGUUGAGAAAUUUGGAAAGAAGCCGGUGAAGGCUAUCAUCGAAUUUGUUUUUGACGGUUCAACAGUGAAAGCACUUUUGCUACCUGAUUACUAUAACAUAGUAUUAAUGAUAUCAGGUGUUCGAUGUCCUGGAUGGCCGAACGGAAGACGCGAAAAUUCAACAGGUGAUCCGUAUGCGGAUGAAGCAAGAUAUUUCGUAGAAUCGCGUCUUCUACACAGAGAUGUUGAAGUUGUACUUGAAUCGGUUAAUAAUAACAAUUUCAUUGGAAGUAUUCUUCACCCAAAAGGAAAUAUUGCAGAAAUUUUAUUGAAUGAAGGGUUUGCCAAGUGUCAAGAUUGGUCGAUUGGUAAUAGUAGAGCUGGUGCAGAAAAGCUUUAUCUUGCAGAAAAAGCUGCGAAAGAAGCACGUUUGCGUUUGUGGAAAGAUUACAAACCGUCAGGCCCACAAAUAGAGUUCACUGGCACUGUUGUUGAGAUUGUAAAUGCAGACGCGCUUAUAAUCAGGACACAAAAUGGAGAAAACAAGAAAGUCUUUUUGAGCAGUAUUCGACCACCGUCCAGAGAAAAAAAAACAAAUGAAGAACCCAAUAACGCGGGAAGAAAAGAUUUUAAGCCUCUCUAUGAUAUCCCAUGGAUGUUAGAGGCUCGUGAAUUUCUUCGUGAAAAAUUCAUCAGAAAAAACGUAAAAGUUGUAGUGGAUUAUACUCAACCAGCCAGAGAUAAUUUCCCGGAAAAGUUAUGUUGCACUGUUACUUGUGGUAAAACAAAUAUCGCGGAAGCAUUGGUUGCACGAGGUUUGGUGAGAGUGAUUAAAUACAGACAAAAUGACGAUCAAAGGUCAUCCCAUUACAAUUUGUUACAAAUUGCUGAAAGUAGAGCGGAAAAAUCGCAACAUGGUUUACAUGCAAAGAAAGAUAUUCCUGUACACAGAUUAGUGGAUGUUUCUAACGAUCCCUCCAAAGUGAAGUCAUACUUGACAUCCUUUAAACGGGCACAAGGCAUUAAAGCUAUGGUUGAAUUCGUCACCAGCGGUUCCCGUUUGAAACUUUUCUUACCGAAAGAAGACCAGCUUAUUACGUUUGUACUAGCUGGUAUAAGAACCCCUAGAUGCCAAAGAUCGCUUCCAGGUGGUGGCAUAAUUAAAGCUGACGAAUAUGGGGAAAAAGCAUUAGCCUUUACCAGGGAACACUGCUUUCAAAGGGAUGUGGAAAUUAAAGUUGAAAGUACAGAAACAAAGGGAAGCGGUUUUAUUGGAUGGUUGACUGUGAACGACAUAAAUAUGUCGGUUUCUCUUGUUGAAGAAGGUCUCGCAGAAGUAGUUACUUUCCCGGACUUUGGAGAAUUAACUAGGACGCUUAAAGCAGCCGAAGAACGUGCCAAAACGAAGAAACUAAAUAUAUGGAAGAAUUAUGUUGAAGUACAAGUCGAAAAUGAAAAGAACGAAAAUGAUAAAGAAGUUGUGGAAAGAAAGAUCGACUACCAAGAGGUAGUGAUUUCUGAAGUUACUAACGAUCUUCACUUUUACGUACAAAGGGUUGAUCAACGUAGUAUGUUAGAAACUUUCCUUUCGCAAUUGCGUCAAGAGCUGUCGUCUAAUCCUCCACUUGCGGGUGCUUACAAACCUACCAGGGGUGACUUAGCAGUUGCCAAAUUUAGUGGCGAUGAUCAGUGGUACCGAGUUAAGAUUGAAAAAAUCUCUGGUACGAAUGCUAGCGUAUUUUAUGUUGAUUACGGUAACAGAGAAACGAUUAAUGCUUCAAGAAUUGCCGACUUACCGUCGCGAUUCGCUACUGAUAAACCUUAUGCUCAUGAGCAUAUUCUUGCUUGUGUUUCACUUCCAUUAAACAAUGACGAUGAAAAAGCAGCAGUUGAAGCCUUUAAGGAAGAUGUAAUGGACAAAAUUUUAUUAAUGAAUACGGAAUUUAAGCUUAAUAAUGUUACCGCGGUAACAUUAGUUGAGUCUACUAGUAAGGAAGAUAUUGCGAAGGGACUAAUUUCUGAUGGGUUAUUACUCGUACAGAACCAACGUGACAGGAGACUUACUAAAUUGAUUGAAGAAUAUAAGAAAGCGGAAGAAGAUGCAAAACACAGCCGGCGUAAUAUUUGGAGAUAUGGCGAUAUACGCGAAGACGAUGAGAAACAAUUUGGAUCGUAAAAAUGCUCAAAGAUUGGUUGGAAAGUGAUUGAUACAGGGAAAAAGAAAUCAUGUUAUGAACUGCAUAAUAAAUAUCUAAAAAUCUAUCACAUAGAUUUACAGAAACUAAUAAAUGUCCAUAUGAGAGUUACAUGUUGCAUUAAUUACGAUGCAAUUAUAUUUCAUUACAUAAAAGUAUGAAUUGUACAUAACAAUUUCAUUAAUCUUGUAACUUUUGAACGGAACCGUGGCAUAAUAUAUUGCAUAAUAUAUUCUCAUCAAUCAUUAUUUUUUAUUUCAAUGUAAAGCUUUGUUAUUAAUGAAUUUUAGGAACACCGUACAUGAACAAACGAAACAUUGCGUGAUCUAUGUGCAAUUUAUUUUUAAUCGUUCACAUUUUAAUCGCGAAAAAGAGAUCAUUUUUGUACGUGUUUUGUGACGCAUUGAAAAUCACUAUGUAUGAAUUAUACAAAUGAUUAUAAAAGUUCAUA